AUGACGGAAAUCGGAUUCAAGACCUUUCGAUCGGUACCAAUGAACAGCGACAGCACCGUAGCAUUGACUGUGACCAGCAACGCGAUGUUCAGCUCUAGAACCAAGCACAUCGCGCUCCGGUUCUUCUUCCUCAGGGAAUUCACGAAGGGGCACCGGAUCACUCUUCACCACCAACCUAGUGCCACGAUGUUGGCGGACAUCGCGACGAAACAUCUCCCGAAGCAGCGAUUCGCCACCACCAUGCAACUCAUCAAGGACUACAAGUGCUAGAAGAUAUUAAGCACAAGAUCGCAUAGUAUGGUUGAAUGUUUUGGACGCGUGUAUUGCUCACAGGAUGGAUUAACUUAUGUGGAGGUCGAUAUUCUUUGAUGUGGAUUGGGAAUCGAGGGGUCACAAAAAUGGCAGCGAAGUGAAGUUUUGGAACAUCGGCUACUUGCCUCAUCGAGGGGUCGUGUCGAGGAAAACUGUUACAACGUAGUCAGGCACAGUUUACCAUAGGUGCGACUGCGGCAACUAGCAGCCUUCCGUAGACAUAAUACAGAAAGAAGAGAUGGUACUCAGCAGAGAACAUGAGCACAGAGUUGUAGCGGAGAUAAUUUGGCAGGCGAGACUGUAGUUGUUUUAUUGUUCCGAACCCCGAAAUUCCGGUACUCUGGCCAUUACUCCUGAGACCCUCGGAACCUGCUGUGUUUUUGCUGCUUGUUUUUUGUUUUUGUUUUGUUGUUGAGAUGAAACACAAGCGCGCCUUCGCCCCUUGUGCUCACUCUCAUCUAGCACCCAUCAAAGCCUGACCAGGGAGUCAGUUGAUAAGAACAUCUAUCUACAUUUCUCUUUCCAAAGCUCGCUCGGGCCUACCGAUCUCACAGCAGUGUAGACCAACCUCUGUGAUAGAGCGGUGACAGCAGUGUAACCUCUGUGGUAGACUACAAAGUCCACGAGCUACAGCAGCACCGCCACCUCCGCUGCUGCAGGACGCCACAUUUUG